CACUGUGAUGGUGAUUUGUCCGUUUCUCCUUGCUGCUUUCUACGAUCCAUUGGUUCUUGGAGUCUCGACAGAGUUCCUGGGCCAGACACCAGUGAAGGCUGCAGGAUCUUCCUUCUCACCCCAACAUCUCCAGUUGAGUCUGCAGACUCUGCAAGACUUCAGGCUCCUGGGAAGAGCAGAGUUGUCCACAAGAGAGAUCCAGGACUGAAGUCCAGAAGGAACAUGCCAGCUAAUGGGGAUUCUCCCCAGCCAGGGGAACAUGACAACACCUGUGAGGUAUCAGUGUCAUUUGAGGACGUGACCGUGGACUUCAGCAAAGAGGAGUGGCAGCUCUUGGACCCUGCUCAGAGACGCCUGUACUGGGAUGUGACACUGGAGAAUUACAGCCACCUUCUCUCAGUGGGGUUUGAAGUUCCCAAACCAGAAGUCAUCUUCAAGUUGGAGCAAGGAGAGGGACUGUGGACGUUGCAGGGGGAGGCCCCGCAUCAGAGCCGUUCAGAUGGGAAGUUUGGAAUUAAGACCUCACAAAAAAGAAUUGCUGGAAAACCUACAUUUUGCAAUAAAAUGGAGGGUGAAGACACAAGAGAUGAUUCACUGUAUUCUAUUUUAAAAGAACUGUGGCAAGAUGCUGAUCAGAUAAAGAGAUGUCAGGAAAAACAAAAUAAACUUCUGAGUCAUGCUUCUUUCAUCAAUAAGAAAACAUUGAAUACUGAGUGGGAUUAUGAAUACAAGGACAUUGGAAAAUUUGUUCAUUCAAGCCCAAAUCUCAUUCUUUCACAAAAAAGGCCCCAUAAACGUGACUCAUUUGGGAAGAGUUUAAAGCAUAAUUUAGACUUGCAUAUUCAUAAUAAAAACAGUACAACAAAGAAUUUUGACAAAACUAUUGGGCAUGGUCAAGUUUUUACCCAGAGUUCUUACACUAAUCAUGAAAAUACACACACAGGAGUGAAGUUCUGCGAACGUAAUCAAUGUGGAAAAGUCCUUAGCCUCAAACACUCACUCAGUCAAAAUGUGAAAUUUCCUGUUGGGGAGAAAGCAAGCACAUGUACUGAAUUUGGAAAAGUCUUCACCCCGAAGUCUCACCUCUUUGCACCUCAGAGAAUUCAUACCAUGGAAAAACCUCAUGAACUGAGCAAAUGUGUAAAUGUUUUUACACAGAAGCCACUACUCAGUAUAUAUCUGAGAGUUCAUAGAGAUGAAAAACUGUACAUAUGUGCUAAAUGUGGGAAGGCCUUCAUCCAGAAUUCAGAAUUAAUUGUGCAUGAAAAAAUUCAUACUAGAGAGAAACCCUAUAAAUGCAAUGAAUGUGGAAAAUCAUUUUUCCAGGUCUCAUCUUUACUCAGACAUCAGACAACUCAUACUGGAGAAAAACUCUAUGAAUGCAGUGAAUGUGGAAAAGGCUUCUCCCUGAACUCAGCCCUCAAUAUACAUCAGAAAAUCCAUACUGGAGAGAGACAUCACAAAUGUAGCGAGUGUGGGAAAGCCUUUACUCAAAAAUCAACACUCAGGAUGCAUCAGAGAAUUCAUACAGGAGAAAGAUCCUAUAUAUGUACUGAAUGUGGGCAGGCCUUCAUCCAGAAGGCACACUUAAUUGCACAUCAAAGAAUUCAUACUGGAGAGAAGCCUUAUGAAUGCAGUGACUGUGGGAAAUCUUUUCCUUCUAAGUCACAGCUCCAGAUGCAUAAGCGAAUUCACACAGGAGAGAAACCCUAUGUAUGUACUGAAUGUGGGAAGGCUUUCACUAACAGGUCAAAUCUCAACACUCACCAGAAGUCUCAUACUGGAGAAAAGUCUUACAUAUGUGCUGAAUGUGGGAAGGCCUUCACUGACAGGUCAAAUUUCAACAAACACCAGACCAUUCAUACUGGAGAGAAGCCCUACGUUUGUGCUGAUUGUGGGAGGGCCUUCAUCCAGAAGUCAGAGUUAAUUACACAUCAGAGAAUUCAUACUACAGAGAAGCCUUAUAAAUGUCCUGACUGUGAGAAAUCCUUCUCCAAGAAGCCACAUCUCAAAGUACAUCAGCGAAUUCACACAGGGGAGAAACCAUAUAUAUGUGCAGAAUGUGGAAAAGCUUUCACUGACAGGUCAAAUUUCAAUAAACACCAGACAAUUCAUACUGGAGAUAAACCCUAUAAAUGCAGUGACUGUGGAAAGGGCUUCACCCAGAAAUCAGUUCUCAGUAUGCAUCGCAAUAUCCAUACAUGA